UUGGCCAAGAGUCAAGGCCAUGCACACACACAGCAAAAGAUCCUCUAUCUCUCUUCUUUUAUUUUCCUUGUUUUGUUUUCUUUGUUAAUGAAUGGCAGUUGAAAGCCGUUAGAGAGGAGAUAAAGAUGUUGGGCUGUUGGAGGGUAACGCCUUGCCUCUCCAGUGAGUACACAAGUGGGUUUUGCUGCAGGGCAAAUGAUCUGCAGACCCAUGUCAAUGGAGUCGAGAACAAGAAGAAGAAGAAGGUGGUUGUAGUUGGGUCUGGCUGGGCUGGACUUGGUGCUGCUCAUCACCUCUGUAAGCAGGGCUUUGAAGUCACAGUCCUUGAAGGUGGCAAUGAUCCUGAAUCCAGGAAAAUGCUGAUUCCUGAUGAUGCCGGUAUUCAUGGUUUCUGGUACCCCUAUCGUAAUAUAUUUAGCCUGGUUGAUGAGCUGGAUAUCAAGCCCUUCACAAACUGGACAAGUUCUGCCCACUAUUCAGGAGAGGGAAUGGAGGUUGAAUUUCCAAUAUUCCAAGAUCUAACUCAACUACCGACUCCAUUAGGAACGUUAUUCUACACCCAAUUUGUCCGGCUUCCAUUGCUGGAUCGAUUAUCAUCCCUUCCUCUAAUGGCUGCAGUUGUUGACUUCGACAACACUGACACUGCUUGGAGGAAAUAUGAUUCAAUUACUGCAAGGGAGCUUUUCAGACAGUUUGGCUUCUCACAGAGGCUCUAUCAGGACGUUUUUGAUCCAUUACUUCAAGUAGGUCUCUAUGCUCCAGCAGAGCAAUGCAGUGCAGCUGCUACUCUGGGAAUACUAUACUAUAUUGUUCUUGCACACCAGAAAGAUUUCGAUUUUGUAUGGUGUCGUGGAACAGUCAGAGACAAGAUUUUCAAGCCAUGGAUGGACUACAUGAGAGCUAAUGGUUGUGAAUUUAUAGAGAGCAGAAGAGUGACAGAUUUCUUAUUUAAUGAGGAAACAGGAUGCAUUUCAGAAGUAGUUUGUGGCAGAGAGAAGUACACAGCCGAUGCAGUUGUAUUAGCCGUUGGGAUCUCUACACUUCAGGAUAUCAUUAAGAACAGUGCAGCAUUAAGUACAAGGGAGGAGUUUUUGAAAGUUCUAAACUUGGCUGGAAUUGAUGUUCUCACUGUUAAGCUCCGGUUUGAUCGAAAGGUUAACAUUCCAAAAGCAGUUAAUACUUGCUCUGGUUUUGAUGAUUCAUGUGGCUGGACUUACUUUGACCUGAAUGCAAUCCAUGACGAGUAUAAAGAUGAUCCAGUGACAGUCUUACAAGCUAAUUUUUAUCAUGCAAAUGAGUUGCUGCUGCUGAAAGAUGAGCUCAUAGCUGCAAAAGUGAUGCAUCAGCUUGCAAAGUACAUCAAGGACUUGGAGAACGCUUCAGUUGUUGGUCAGGAGAUUGAAAGAUUUCCAAAGUCUUUGACUCACUUUUUUCCAGGUUCAUACAAAUACAUGAUGCGUGGAUCGACGUCUUUUCCAAACUUGUUCAUGGCGGGGGAUUGGAUCGUAACCCGACAUGGUUCAUGGCUUCAGGAGAAAUCAUAUGUGACAGGACUUGAAGCAGCUAACAGGGUUGUGGACUACCUGGAGGAAGGGAGUUUUGCUAAGAUAAUACCGGUGGAAGAAGACGAACCCCACAUUCAAGCUCUUCGAAACCUUAACAGAAACCUUAAUGAUGUAAAAGCUCAGCUGCCAUGGUCUGAUUAUUUCCUCCCUUGAGGCCAUUCUUUGAUCAUCAGCUCAUGUCGUAUUUGAAUUUGUAUUUAUACUGAUGAUUUUGUGUUUGUUUUCUUGGAGUGGAGAGGAAAUGGAUGAUAGAAAGAAUGACUAAAAUUUUACUGUAUCGAGAUCUUAAUAUCAGUCAUUAGAUUUUAAUAUACAAUGCAACUCUUUGUGUAUCAUUUGGAUUUCAUUAGUUGAA